ACCAUUUGGGGGCCACGAAAACAAAAUGAAAGAAAAUAAUUUUAAAUAAAUAGAAGAAAGAAAAGCAACCCAUUGAAUUCUUGCCUCGUCUCCAAUCAGAAAUUAACCAGUAGCAGAGCUUGCGGUGAUGACGAGCCUUGUUUUGGCGGGUGGCUACCGGUUCACUUCUGGGCCGUGUUUGAGGCCCACGGUAAGAACAAGACCAAGAGUAAGAGCAGCUCUGGUGGAAGCGAGACCGAGAACGGUGCCAGCGACACGAGAUAUUAACUUAGCUGUAGGAGGAGAUCGAACGGAAGACCUGCAGGCGGAGGCAAGGGCCAUGGCCCGUGCCGCCAAUUCGUCCGCGUACAGCCCCGAGCUGCUUGCCUCCAAAUACGGGUCUAAACCGAUCGAGGUAUUGCGACGGACUCUUGAAAUAUUGACAGCCCUUAGUUCAUUUGCCUUGAAACUAUAUCUGGAUCAGAGGAAUGGUGUUUUCAAUAUAAACAAGAAAUUGCGAGCCACUGAGCUCAGGAGAAUUUUCACCCGAUUAGGACCUACCUUUGUGAAAUUGGGGCAGGGCUUGUCUACCAGGCCUGACAUCUGCCCUCCUGAGUAUCUCGAGGAACUCUCUGAGCUUCAGGAUGCAUUGCCUACAUUCCCUGAUGAAGAAGCAUUUUCAUGCAUUGAGAAAGAGUUAGGGCUACCUCUCGACUCUAUUUUUUCAUCCAUAUCCCCAUCUCCUAUUGCAGCUGCAAGCUUAGGCCAAGUUUACAAAGCCCAGCUCAAGUCUUCUGGACAUAUUGUUGCUGUUAAGGUCCAACGCCCUGGAAUCGAAGAAGCUAUAGGACUUGACUUUUACCUUAUUAGGGGCCUUGGAAUUUUAAUCAACAAAUAUGUUGAUAUCAUCACCAGUGAUGUUGUUGCCCUUAUUGAUGAAUUUGCACGCAGAGUUUAUCAAGAGCUCAACUAUGUCCAGGAGGGACAGAAUGCUAGGAGGUUUAGAAAGUUGUAUGCCGACAAGGAAGAUAUUCUUGUUCCAGAUAUCUAUUGGGAUUAUACAAGUGGCAAAAUUUUGACCAUGGAAUGGGUUAAUGGAGUGAAAUUAAAUGAGCAAAAUGCUAUAGAGAGACAAGGACUUAAGGUUCUGGAUCUAGUGAAUACAGGUAUACAAUGCAGCCUCCGCCAGCUGCUUGAAUAUGGAUACUUUCAUGCAGAUCCUCAUCCUGGCAAUCUUUUGGCAACACCUGAGGGGAAGCUUGCUUUUCUUGAUUUUGGAAUGAUGAGUGAGACACCAGAAGAAGCUAGAUCUGCCAUAAUAGGUCAUGUUGUUCACAUGGUUAAUAGGGAUUAUGAAGCCAUGGCUCGUGAUUACUAUGCUCUAGAUUUCUUGUCUCGUGAUGUAGAUGUGUCUCCAAUUGUACCAGCGCUACAAAACUUCUUUGAUGAUGCACUCAGUUACACUGUGAGUGAACUAAACUUCAAAACUCUAGUGGAUGGUCUGGGUGCGGUCUUUUACCAAUAUCCAUUUAAUGUUCCGGCGUAUUAUGCACUGAUAUUGAGAUCACUUACUGUACUUGAAGGUUUAGCCCUUUAUGCUGAUCCCAAUUUCAAGGUGCUGGCUGCUUCAUAUCCCUAUUUUGCUAAAAGGCUUCUCACUGAUCCAAAUCCAUAUCUAAGAGAUGCUCUUAUUGAGUUGCUUUUCAAGGAUGGACGGUUUAGAUGGAAUAGACUGGAAAACCUACUUGUUGAAGGAAGUAAAGAUAGAGAUUUCUCUGCAAAUGAUGCUCUUCAACCUGUUUUGAAGCUAUUACUAGCUCAAGAUGGUGAAGAGCUUCGAACUUUAGUUAUUAAGGAGGCUGUUCGUGUGACUGAAGCUGUUGUUGUGGGCACCAUUGUUGAUACAUACAAUUCUAUCCCCAAUACUAUUAGAACUUUGAUCAGUGUAACUAGACCUCUUACAAUCAAUGAUAUGGAAAUACAAAGCAUGAUAGAGCUUCGGGACCAAAUCUUAAGGAUAUGGGGCCUUUUGCGAUCCUCUGAAGAUUUUGACCCAAUGCUUCUGCAACCUAUCUUACAGGUCCUACAACAACCUGAGGCACGCAGCCUAGGGGGGCGUGUUAUUGGAGGGAUCAGUCAGCGUCUUGCAGCACGACUACUGCAACAAGUUCUUCGAUCACCAGCUACCAUUUCAACUUCAACAUCAACAUCAACUUCAACUUCAACUUCAUCAUCAACUUCAUAGGCUUAUUGUGGUAGAUGUAUCCUUUGUAUACAUUGGAAACAAAGAGAAAGAAAAAGAAGAAGAAAAAGAAAGAUUAGCAAUCACAACGCAGUUACAUUUCUGACUCAUCUGUCACUAAGUACAUAAAUACUAGGAGGGAGGAAAAACGGUGGUAAUAUCACGAGGUCAUUUUAAUUUUCAAUAUUGUUUUAAAAGAAAAAAGAAAAAGUAAAGUUAGUGAGUUACAGAAAAAAGAAACAAGUAAAUGAAAGAUUAUUUUAUGUACGCCACAUUAUUUGCAGCAGAAUAUGUAUCCAACUGUAACAUUAAUCAAUGUCAAAAGAUAGACCUGGCGACGGCCUGCUGAGCUCUAA